AUGAACCCCACAACAAAAUAUGAAAGUUUUGUUGUGGUUGCACUGUACAUGAAUGUCGACACACAAAGAGCUGUAGAGGCUUGCACCUCCAUCUCCCUCCAGCUUUUUUUGUUCUUACUGUCGACAACAUUGAAAAGCUGCUACGAAGCACUUGCUAUUGGCAGCAGAUUGGCUACACUCCUCGCAGUCGUUUUUAUGGACAGCCUUGAGAUGUCAACUUAUCGUCUGGAGUGUUAUGCUUCGGACGGUGUAUCGACGACAUUCUCAUUGGGAGAUCUCGGAGAACAUUGCAACAAACAUUUGGAAACCGAUCGUCCUGCCCCGGAUCGCUUCCUCCCAUUUCUAGUCACUAAGAUCAAGAUUACGGAUGUUCAGCACGAUGUGGUACAAGGAACCGUAUCUAAGAAUAUUUUGAUAUACGCGAGAAUUUGCCAUCUUGUCUACAUUAAGUUGAACUUGCCGUCCUCUACGAAUCUCGAAGAAGUUGAGACAGAAGUUGAUGAAUUUCUGCGGCAAAACGGAUGUAGACUACAACAUCUUCGCCUUGGCAAUCACCUUGUGCCACUCCUAGUGUUACUUUUUAUUAUCGACUUGUCCGCGAAGCAACCAAGCUAA